AUGCACUCAACACGCGACCCAUUCAACCUCCGCAACAAAGCAUCGCUAGCAACCCCCUCUGCCUUCCUGCUGCUCCAGAACGCCGCCGCCAAAACCACCGAGAAGGCCCUUGCGUCCACCAAGCAGGCCGUCGAGGCGACCAAGCAGGCGCUCCAGGACAGCGACAUGUCCUUUGCCAUUCCGCGCAACGUGCCCACCCUCGAGACUGCGCAGCGCCGCUUCGAAGAUAAUGUGUGGAACAAGGUUACGGGGAAAGAAAAGGGCCUGCCCAUGUACAAGGAUAAACCUACGAGUUACGGCUAUGGCGUGGGGAGCGCGCGGGGGAGAAAGAGCUUCUUGAAGAGUCGGAAGGCUGUGGGCUUGGUGGCGCUGCUCGUGUUGGGCUUGCUCUACUGGUUUGGGUGGUCGAGUGCAGCACAAGAUGGGGAUGUGGAGACGGAUGGCAAGAAGACGUGGGUGCCGUUUUCGGGCCGAGGGGGUGGGAGUGGGAGUGGGAAGAAGGGCGAUGCGCUGUGGGACAAGAGGAGGGACGACGUGAGGGAUGCCUUCUUGCUGAGCUGGACCGCAUACGAGGAGCAUGGCUGGGGCUACGACGAAUACCACCCCAUCUCCCGCAAAGGCCGCUACAUGGCUGAACCCAAUGGUCUCGGCUGGAUCAUUGUCGAUGCGCUCGACACCCUGAUGAUCAUGGGCCUCAAGAAGGAACUCAAACACGCGCGCGAGUGGAUAUCCACAACCCUCGACUACGACAAGAAGCAGGACGUAAACACGUUCGAAACCACAAUACGCAUGCUCGGCGGCCUGCUGUCGGCACACUACCUACAAGAGACGCUGCCCGGCCUGAAAUCCGACGAUGCAAAGGACGAGGACAUCUUCCUCGAGAAGGCGACGGAUCUGGCAGACCGUCUGAUGGGCGCAUUUGAAUCGCCCUCUGGCAUUCCUUGGGCCAGUGUCAUCCUCCAGGAUGGCAAGGGCGAGGCCUCUCACGCAGACGGCGGUGCUUCUUCCACCGCCGAAGCCACAACGCUCCAACUCGAAUUGAAGUACCUAGCCUACCUGACCGGCGAGUCGCACUACUGGGAGAAAGCCGAAAAGGUCAUGCAAGUCGUCGACAACAACGGCGCCAAAGACGGACUCGUCCCCAUCUUCAUCUACGCCGACAAAGGAACCUUCCGCGGAAACGAAAUCCGACUAGGAAGCAGAGGCGACAGCUACUACGAGUACCUAAUCAAGCAGUACCUCCAAACACAAAAGCAAGAGCCCAUCUACCUAGACAUGUGGGAAGAGUCACUCAGAGGCGUGAAAAAGCACCUCCUCACCUACACCAAGGAGACCCACCUCACCGUCCUAGCAGAGCGACCAUCCGGUAUAGAAGGCCAUCUGCACCCCAAAAUGGACCACCUAGUCUGCUUCAUGCCAGGCACCAUCGCGCUAGCAGCCACAGGCGGGCUCCCCCUCUCCCAAGCCCAAAAACUCCCCACCUGGGGCAAGCAGCAGGAAGAAGACAUGCAGCUCGCGCGCGAACUAACAAAAACCUGCAUGGGCAUGUACCGCGUCACCCCCACGGGCCUCGCCCCGGAAAUCGCCCACUUCGACCUCGACGACCCACCCAAAAUGUACCGCACAGAGAUCCUGCAGUCCAAAACUGACCUCCCCCUCGACGUCGCAGACGGAGAGGGCUGGAAGAAGGACUUCGUCAUCAAACCCGCUGAUGCGCAUAAUCUGCAGCGCCCCGAGACUGUGGAGAGCCUGUUCUACAUGUGGCGCAUCACGGGUGAUGUCGUCUACCGCGACUGGGGCUGGGAUAUGUUCCGUGCGUUUGCGAAUUUCACGCAGGUUGAGGGUGGGGGCGGGUUCUCGUCUGUGGGCGAUGUGCGUGCUGUGCCGCCGCCGACGAGGGAUAAUAUGGAGAGCUUUUGGCUGGCCGAAACUCUCAAAUACUUCUACCUCCUCUUCAGUCCCAGCGAUGUUCUGCCCCUCGAUCAGAUCGUGCUUAAUACUGAGGCUCAUCCUUUUCCGCGCUUUGACGCGAGUAAGAAGCGGUUUAAGACUGGGUGGGCGAGGCUGCCGAGGGACGCGAAGGGGAAUAUUGUUGUUGCCUCCGAGAAGGAGGACAAGAAGGAAGAAAAGAAGGAAAAGAAGGAGGGGCAGAGUGUGGUGGCUGAGAGUUGA